AACAGAGAGAGCCUGCGCUUGGUUGUGUUGUGUUGCGCUUUUGGCAAUGGCGAUGGUGAAUUCUGCUGCUGGUCUUCUUCGCUACUGCUCCAGCACCCCGCCACAUCUCCUUCCUCUGCGCUAUCUAUCCUUGUCGCAUCCCGUCAAUGUCCGACUGCUGCUAUCAACUCCUUCGUUCUCGGCUUGCGCUACAUUCAGAACUAAGGCCCAGAGAGCUCUCCUCCCCGGCACGUCCUUGGCUUCCGAGGACGAGGUUCGCGAAACCAUCGCUGACGCCGACUCAGACAUGGACGAAACGGCGGACCGGCCCAGCGAGACUCUCAUCUGCUCUUUCUCCCCUCUUCCCCUCAUCUUCCUCGCCGCGCUUCCUGGAGCUGGGACAGUGAGAACUUUGUUUGGGCCUUUCGUUGAGCUUGUUAAAUCCUGGAGUCUCCCUGAUUGGCUUGUGCAUUGGGGUCACCCUGGCAACAUGGCUGUCGUGCUCUUUGCAAUGGGAGGGUACGGAACAUAUCUUGGUUUUCGUAUUAAGUAUUCUGACGAUGUGGAAGAGAAGGCCAAGGCGAAAGACUUGCACCCCAAGCUUCUCGGUGGAAUGUUUUUCUUCUUUGCUCUUGGUGCAACCGGCGGUAUAACGUCGCUACUCACCUCGGACAAACCUAUAUUCAAGAGUCCUCAUGCUGUCACGGGGUUCAUAGGCCUAACUCUUUUGACAGUACAGACAAUUUUACCUUCCUUGUUUGAGGGUAAUCCGGGAUUAAGAAAUGUCCACGGGAUCCUGGGCAGUGGGAUCAUGACUCUGUUUCUCCUUCAUGCAGCCCUUGGACUUCAACUUGGCCUCAGCUACUAAUGUUACAUUAUACCUCUUUCUAGGAUGUUUUCAAUCAUAGAUAUUGUAUCAAAUUCGGAGAUGGACAGAAUGCAAGGAGUGAGAAGUUGUUUCUACAAAAUCCAUGUGUUCUGCUUUUCUUUUGUGUUCUUCCUAUGGCAAAACAGAAUGCUGAUAGACAGAGGGCAGAAUAAACCGAUGCAGAGCUCACAUUGUUCGGCUGAAUGUU